GAGAUAGCCUAAAAUUUUGCGAGUUCAUUUCAUGCUGAGUGAUUUCGGGGGAGAAAAAAAAACCAGGUACCCCGCCACCGUCCUCCUCGGACACGGUUGACCGCGCCCUCCCUCCGCCCCGCCGCAUUUCUCGCCGCCCUCCCCCUAAACUCCGGCAUCCUCCGCUCCUCCUCCUCAGACCCCUCCGACCGCGCUGCCACCCACCCCAAUGGCGGAGGCGCUGCUCCUCGCGUGCCACCUCGCCCUCGCAUUCUCCCUCCUCGCCGCGUCCCUCUCCCACCUCCUCGUCGCCGCCGUCUCCCACCUCUCCCCGUCCUCCCUCCACCACCGCCUCCUCCGCGCGCUCCGCCACCCGCUCCUCCGCCUCCUCCCGCCGCUCCUCGCGCUCCCGUUCGCCUUCCUCCCGCUGGCCUCCCCGCCGCCGCUCCCGCUGCUCCUCCUCCCGCCGCUGCUCCCGCUCCUCCCGCUCCCGUUCCUCCCGCCGCACCUCCCGCUCCUCCGCCCGCUUCUCCUCUCCCUGCCGCUCCUCCUCCUCGCCCGCGCCGCCGGCCUCCUCGCCGCCUCGUUCCCGGCCUCCGACCUCCAGCAGCACGCGCUCGCCGUCGCGCGCCUCCUCCUCCUCGCCGCCGCCGCGGCCUCCCUCGCGGCGUCGCUCUCCGCCCACGAGCCGAGGGCCGCCGCGGCCGCCGCCCACUUCGUCGCCGAGGCGGGGCUCGCCUGCGCGGGCGCCGUGGGCGGGCUCUGGGCGGCGCAGGCAGGGCUCAGCCUCUACGUCGACGCGUGCGUGCCCGCGGGGUGCCACCGCCUCCUGGACGCCGGCGGCGCUGCGCCGCCCGCCACGCGGUGCGAGGUCGAGGAGGCCAGGCUCAGGGCCGUCGCCGUCAUGGACCUCGCCCUGUCCGUGCACUGCGUCGUCGUGGCCGCCGUCGCGGCCGGGGUGCUUCUCGGGGUGGCGAGGUGGUUCGGGGUUGACGGCGGCGCCGGCGCGGGGAGGAGGCAUAAUGGAUCGUCGUAUGAUGCGUUGCCCACGGUGGCGUCGGCUGGUGCCAUGGCAGAGAUGGAGCAUUUGCAGGGUAAGGGCAUUGUCGGCAAGAGCGUGGCGCAGGAGUGAAAUCAAAGGAUGUAUUGGAUUAACUAGAUCUACAUCUUUCUGGAUCUCUUGCCUAGUGCUUCUUUUUAUUAGUGGAGAAGCUGUUUGGCUACUACUUAAACCGAAGGGUCACUUAGGACUAUAAUCUAUAUUUCCAUCCAAUAUGAGAUUCUUGAUAAAUUCUCAUUUAGUUUAUCUGUGGGUAUUAGAUAUAAAUAGUUGCACUUCCUCUUGUAACUAUUUUAUAUCUAAUAGUGGGUGAAUACCAUUUGUCUCUGGUUGAACAAAGUGAAUUGCUAGGUUCAGAACUACGUCUUCGAUUGUGUCUGGGUCUCCUGUAUGCAAUUUCUCCUUGUGGUUGUAUAUUAUGUGGUGAGUGGGAACCAUACAGUAGUUCCUUGCACCUAAACAUUUUCAGACAACUAUCCAAGCAUGAUACUUUUAUUUGGACAGGUCAUCCACUCCUUGGUAAUUCUGAUUAAUAUUUAAGGAAGUGCACAUGCUUUACCAGUAAAAGUUGUGAUUGCAUCUUCGAAGAGGUCGUGAAGAGUGAACCAUGUGAUGUGGCUAAUGUAUUAACUGCACUCAACCUAUCAAGAACUUCUGUUGGCAUGUAAUAUUAUUGUCUUAUGCAUAGGUGUCAAGUCUGAUAAAAAAACUGGUAAACAUCAAAGUGAGUGUUUAGCAUUCUUUUGAAGCAAAGCUGAUUAAUUUUGUUUUAGCCUUGUCAUAUAAGGUGAGAUGACAUGAAAGAUGGAGGUUAUCAGGUUGAACUGCAAGUAGGAACCAAAUGCAACCUUGAGUCGGACCAAUUGAUGGGCACAGUCAGAUACCAUUGGACAAAAGCUUUCUUCAAAAAGAUAGUUCCACUAGGUAAAGUAUAUGGUCUCUUUCUAGGCGGUUGAGCCUAUUUUUAUCACUUUACCACUCUGUAAUCCAGCAGCACCUUGUUUUAAUUAUACAUCAGUUGCUGCUUGUGUUGGUCAUAUUAGUUUAGUAAUUUGUGAUAACUGCAUCAUGCAUGCAUAGUAGCUUCUGAGCACUAUAUAAAUGGCAGCUAAGUUCAUUCAUUUCCAUAUCCCUCCAAUGUUGUCUGCAUCUUGAGUUUAGAACCGAGAGCAAUUGGCAUGGCUCUCUUGGUCCCUCUCUCCCUUGAAGGCUCUCUCUGGUAAAUCUGGUUGGCUUCCCGGCACAUAUCCAGUACCUUCUUGAGAAAGCCUUCGGGGAAGAGGGAGCCCAAGCAAGCCACAGUGCCUGUACCAAAUACAGAAAAGAUGUGUACUCAUUGGUUAUUUUUAUUUGAUUUUUUUGAGAACUUGAGUAUUUACGUCUUGUGUUGAUUGUUUAAAAUGAGCCUCUCUGCCAACUGACAUCGGUCUGGAUGUACAAGGAAUAGACAACGGAGGGUUUGUAAGUUUCUUAUCUUUACAAGGACUGGAGGCAUGAAGCUACUGAUCAUCUCGUAAACAGGUACGAGAAGACUGAAGAAAGUCAGUUGCCAGGGUUUUUCUUCACUUGGAGGUCUCAUCACUACUGAAUUAUGCGAAUAGGUGGAUGUUACCGUUGUUGAUCGUGCUCAACUUUCCUAAAUUAAUGGGUGCAUUGGUUAGCAACAUCUGCUCUAGCUUUGUGGGUGCUCGCCAAACCGCCAGUGUACCACAUUGCGUCAUGAGAUUGGACUUGUGGAACGUUAGUUCAACACAGUCAGAUGCCAACCAACAGAUGAACUCAUAGAAAAUGGAUACCAUUGUGUUUUGUUACUUGUCGAGUGGUAGUGAAGCUAGUCGCUCUCUAUCCACUCCACAGUCGGGAGCCCCUGUUUUAUUUGGUCUUGAACGUUUGUAGUUUUGACAUGAUGGAUGCUGCCUCACCCUAUUGAUUGUUCUUGCUCCGUUUACACUCAGCUACGACUUGGCUGCGUUACUUCUUGCA